AUGUCAAAAAGUAACCCAGUAACACCUAACAAACAACCACCGGAAGACUGGAACCAGCUGCUCAACGAGUUCAUACAAAAAUCAGGCCGAGGACUUCAGAAAACUUUCAUCAAAAAGUUGUGGGCCGUUCACGAAGACAUACUCGAAAAUGCGAAUCCGUCUAUUCUUCGAAUGAUGUUUUUUUCAACUGCUUUAACAGCGUGCCCAGAAGGUGUGAAGCUUGUCGCUGCCAUACUUUUCAAAAUUGGAGUAGCCAAUGGAAUGACAUUGGUAGAGAAGAACAUGACGAAAUACGAUAUGACAGAUGCAGAAUGCCAACGGUAUGGACAAGUUUUCACAACUGCCUGGUUGGAUGCUUUCCAAGAAGGUGAAUUUGAUUUGGCAGAAGAGAUGGAAAACGAUAUUAUCAGAGUGAUUUGUCAAAACGCGCUUUAUGCUCAAAAGCCAUUGGGAUCCAAGUUUCGUAAAAUGCUCGUACCGUUUGCGACUUCCAAAAAGCAAGAAGUCAGUGUGGAUGAAAUGAUCUCAAGAAUUCUAGAAGGAUGCUUAUGGAGAGCACUGGAAUCCUCAAAUUAUAUUGUUCAGUCUGCUGCCUCCGAAGUAUUUUUCAUGUUUUUCCCACUAACUGGAGAAGACAAAGAAAAUAUGGAGAAGUUGAUGGCCAAUCAGUACCGUUAUAUUUCUGACCUCCUUCAAAGUGACAUCGUUCCCAUCCGUACUGAAGCGAUUCCGAGAGCAAUGAGAACUCUUGGUGAUUAUUGGUUCAUCAUCGAUAAAGCUGUCGCAAAACAGCUCAUGACAUAUAUUAUCGAUACGUUAGCUAGGGAUUCUGUGGUCGGAGUGAGAGUAGCUGUUUACGAAGGACUCAAUGAAAUCGCAUUCAAUCCAAACUGCAUGAAUGCAUUCGAGCAUGGAUUCAAGUGUGCUGCGAAGAACGGAGUUAUAGAUUCUUCGGAGAGGGUCAGGCUAGCCGCUUUCCAAUGUUUGGCUAAAAUGAAGAAUCAUAAAUUUAUUAGCUGUUUCGACAUCAUGCAUCGCGAUGAUAUGAUAUCAGUGCUCGAUCUUGAGAAUGUAGAAGAUUGCCGCAAACAGCUGAUUCCAAUCAUCCACAUCUUCAUUCCAAUUUCAAAAAGUCUUGACGAAGCGCAUUAUCGCCCUCGGGUGAAUUAUAUGCUUGAUAAAAGCCGAAUCGCACUGUUGAGCUACUUCCGAUUGUUAGGACCACUGAAAAUUAUCGACGGAGAACAAGCAGAAGAGCUAAUUUCUAUGUUCAAUAGAUGGGCAUACAGACUGAUUCGAAAGAAGGAUCAGACAGAACUGACAGAAACAUCGGAAGGAUUCAGAAGAGCUAGAGCAUAUUUAGAGUGUUCAUUGAUCAUUUACAUGUCCUGCAAGAGAAUCUUCAUUGAGCUUUUUCAGAUUCUGAUAUUCGAUUGCGAACCAACAGUAAAAGCCAAAAUUGAUCAGAUGUUUGGAAAAAUUGUCAAACAAAUAUUCGAAAACUAUGGUAAUACGCCCCUUCUAGGAACAGCCACCGCAAUCAGUAGUGUCAUCCCGAAGGAACAUUUAAAAACAGUCGCUGCGGAUGUUCUUGCUCGGUUAGCAGACGAUGAAGUUCCCGAAGAAGCAGUUGAACCAUUCCUCGAGUCAGCAAUUCAUAUCAAUCCUGAAUCCGUAUUUGAUUCCUUGUCGAAUGGGCUGAAUGUCUUCAGCGAUUUGUAUGGAGAGCAACCGAAGCAGUCGAAAAAGAAGAAGCGUGACGUCGGAGAUCCAAAUGAAACAUUACAGACUACUCUUGGCCGCCUGAAGUACGUUUUACAAAGUCAUAGUACUUCCAGUCUUCUUGCUUCUAAUGACACUUUCAAACCGAAAAUUCUACACUUGGAGAAAAAAAUUGACUUUGUCCGUGAAGCGAUUGAGAAACGUUUGGCGAAGGAAGAAAACGAAGAGAAUGCUCUCAGUGACGAUAACCUUCUACUCGCACUGGAAUUCCGAUUCAUUCUCCCUCUGUAUGCUGUGUCAGAAAAUAAUCAAGACGAGGCAGAGCGAAAGCUGAUUAUUGACUCAACUAAAGAUCUUCUCCGUUGGUUCCAAAACAAUGUCGCUGGAAGCAUGUCUCAAAUCGGAGAGCACAACAUGGAAUUCUUUAUCAAACUCUCGUGCUUAUUUUUGAACUGCAUCACUGUCGCUCUAUCGGCAUAUGAUUUCAAAACGAGACCUGUUGAAUAUGAAGAUGAAGAAGACGCAGAAAAUCAGUCACCAGAAGAUAAAGAGAAAGAGGAAGAGGAUGAGACGACUGUGGCACAGUUGAUUAGCGAAAUCACCACUUCAUUCAGUAACAGCAACACGCCAGCCGAGAUAUUCGUUCCAAUUCUUCGGGUCGGAGCUAUCCUGUGUGAAGAAUCAUACUCAGAAACUCAUACUUCCAUGGCUCGACUUCUGCGAUUCACUCCUAAAUGGCUCAACAGACAAUGCACAGAUCUAGGCGAUGAUGAGUUCUCGUUGGAUCAAGAAAAAGAAAUUGCUGACGGCAUUCGCCAAUUACACAAAAAGGUUAAUGAAACUGACCAAUGGGACGAGGAAAUGGCUAACAGACUGUUUUCUCAUUGCUUCUGUUUUGCUGUGUCUUCCAUCAUGGAUGAUGACGAAGAAUUCGAAGACCCGCGUAGCGAAGAUUACAAACCUCCUCCAUUCAUUACCCUCGCUGUCAUCAAAUGGAUUUUGAAGGAUAAGAUUCUGGCUAACAAAUUUUUCGAUACAUUUUACAAAAAAUGCCUUUCCGAAGACGCCAAAAUACUCCCGGAAAGCGAAGGACAAUCAGAGACAAAACGCAAGCUGACAGAGCUGGUUAUUGUAUCUCAUUUCUUGCGAAUUCUGGAGAAGUAUUCAAAAACGAAUUUGCAACAAAUCAAAAAAGGAAUUGAAACAUGCACGACUCGUGUGUUGGACUGUUUUGCAAAUGUAUCUGACCUGGAUACCGUUGAUAAUAGCAUUAUGAAUAGUAUCUCGAAAAUAUUGGAUGUGGAUCUUCCCGAUGGAUAUUAA